CGCCUCACACGAACGCGAAGUUCUCGGUUUCCGGACCCAGAUCAAGACUCUGCAGGAGAAUUACGAGAUGGCUUCAAAAGAACUCAGCAACGCGCAACUCCAGCUUCGUCUGCACGCGGAAUCUCGUUUAUCGAACCGGUCGGAGGUUUCCGAAACCGCGAAGCUGCUCAGAGAAUCCGAGGAGAGUUGUCAACUGCUGCGCCGGGAGUGUCUGGAAUUUCGCAAGCGUCAGUCCGAGCUGGAGGCAGAGAAGUGCAGCGUGGAGGCUGCCAACUCGGACCUGCGGCGCCAACUGCGUACCCUGGAGCUCGAACGUGUGGAACAGGGCUGCAGCCUGACAGAGUUGCAGAAUCGUCUGGAGGCCUGUGACAAGGAACGUCGCAACAACGAACGGCUCCUACUGGACCUGCGACAGAGCAUUGAGGACGCCGGCAAGAGCGAUGUGACUGCC